UAUUAUGGGUUGUUUGUAGCCUUACUUUUGCGAGGCUGCUACUACUAAAUUGUGAAUUAUCCACAUACCUGUGUACAUGUUUGUUUCCCAAGUUAAUUUGUAACCUGUUUUGACGAUUGAAAUAAAUCCAAAAGUGGUAACGUUAACAGUCCUUCAGAGAGUCCGUCAAGCAAAAUAAAUGGUGUCACGCAGAAAUCAUGGGAGAAAAUGGAGAUACCAAAAAACGACAUGCUGAAGCAGUUAAAGAAAACAUUUCUAACAAGAACUUGGUAUGUUGUGGCCUAGUUAUUGCGUUUGUGGCAGAGAGAAGAUUUUUCCCCUCGCUCACACCGGUAGUUGUCAUGGCGAUGGAGUCAGCCUCGGCGUCGGUUCCAGGGGUUGUUGCCAUGGAGAUCCCGGUGCGAGGUGCGCUCCCGGUGGUUGAAGAAGACGAGGGCUACAGCGCGCCGCCGCCGGGGUCCGAGGAGCGACUACGGUACCGCCGAGGAGGUGGAAGACGUAGGCGCGGGGUGCCGUUCAACCGGGGCGGCUACUACAUGCUGAUAGUGAUCGGGGAGAUCGGCACAGAGCACCAGUUGGACACCGCCAGAGCGCAGAUAGAGCGGGGAAUUCGAUCCUGGGACGUGGACCUCAAGUGCUGCAACCUUGAUCAGCAGCUGCAGCUGUUUAUAACUCGUCACUCGGCCCACUUCUCCUCCGAGGUCAGAGGACAAAGAACUCUACACCACAGAAGUGAUGUCCUAGAGACUGUAGUCCUCGUCAACCCUUCAGAAGAAACCGUAGUAUCAGAGAUCCAGUCUCUCGUCACAGACUCAGCAGGACACAAGCUUCUGGUCUUGAGUGGACAGAGCUCAGAUCACGGUGGCCUUCUUCUUCAAACUGGGGUUUUCACCUACAAGACCUUUUCACGUGUCUUUGCUGAUCCUGGGGUCAGUGAAUUACUGGGCACAACAGUCCCCAAGCAGCAGGCUACACUUACUGUGUCCUGCCGCGGGGAGGUGGGCUGGAGCUCCCUGGGACAGCAGCAGACCCUGCGGGAGUUUCUGGAAUACAAACUAAACCCUGAGUCUGUUCUUCCCAAGAUGGAGGGCGUCACCGAGUUCACAGAGUACAUCUCUGAGACGGUCGACGUCCCUUCACCUUUUGACCUCUUGGAGCAACCCACAUCCGGUGGCUUCCUAAAACUGUCCAAGCCAUGUUGCUACAUCUUUCCCGGCGGACGAGGAGACUCUGCGCUCUUUGCUGUGAAUGGCUUCAACAUUUUAGUGGAUGGAGGCUCUGAACGAAAAUCAUGCUUUUGGAAGCUGGUCCGUCACUUGGACCGCAUUGACUCGAUUCUACUCACACACAUCGGCGCUGACAAUCUCCCAGGUAUCAAUGGGCUGCUUCAGAGGAAGAUAGCAGAACAGGAGGAGGAGCAGUCUCAAGACUCCACCAACUAUAGCGACUGGAUGAAGAACCUGAUCUCCCCUGAACUAGGUGUGGUAUUCUUCAACGUGCCAGAGAAGCUCCGUAUGCCAGAAUCUAAUCUUAAAGUGAAACGCAGCAUCGAAGAGGCCUCCCUGACUUUGCAGUACCUUAACAAACUAGGAAUCAAACCGGAGCCUGUCUUUCGAGUGGUGAGCAACACCAUUGAGCCCAUUACUCUGUUCCACAAGAUGGGAGUGGGCAGGUUAGACAUGUAUAUUCUCAACCCUGUCAAAGACAGUAAAGAGAUGCAGUUUUUAAUGCAGAAGUGGGCUGGGAACAGCAAAGCCAAAACUGGUAUUGUGCUGCCCAACGGGAAAGAGGGAGAAAUAUCUGUGCCCUACCUGACAUCAGUUACAGCCUUAGUCGUCUGGCUGCCUGCCAACCCUGCAGAAAAGAUCAUUAGAGUGCUGUUCCCUGGGAAUGCACCACAAAACAAGAUCCUAGAGGGGCUGGAAAAAUUAAAGCACCUUGACUUCUUGCGCUAUCCUGUAGCCACACAAAAGGACAUUGCCUCUGGAGCACCUCCCUCUGUUAUAAAACAAACCAAGUUAAAACAAAGAACAGACAGCAAAGAGAGUCUCAAGUCGUCCCCGAAGACCACUGCAAAGGCUUCAAAGAAGGAAACUGAAGGACAAGAUGAUGUGUCAACUGCCACAGAAGUCAAGAGUGACUCUGUCAAGGAAAAUAUAUUGGAGAAAAAAGAGGAGAAAAAGCCUACUAAAACUCUAAAAUCUAAAGCUGAUGUCCCAGAAAAGAAAAAACUCCUAAAAGACAAAUCCUUAAAAAAGCACCCGAAGGAAAGGGUGUCGAAAAUGGAUGAGAAAAAGGACAAGGAAAAGAAAGAGAUCAAGAAAGUAAAGAAAGAUGACUCCGCUAAAAAAGAUGAAAAGAAAGAUGUUAAGUCCAAAGACGACAAAAAGAAGGACACAUCCAAACCAGAGCUGAGAAAAAUUACAAAGCCUGACCUGAAACCGUUUACACCAGAAGUCCGAAAGACUUUACACAAAGCUAAAGUGUCAAGUAAAGCAAAGGCUGGAAAAAUCAAAACAGCAAAGGCUUUGCCUGCUGAGCCGAAGCCAGAGGAGCCAAAACCUGAAGCUAUUCAACCUGAACCAAUAGAGAAUGGAGCUGUUGAGGGCACGUCUGUUCCCUCAACCCCCGAAGACCUCACCAAGGAAUUUGUGGAUAUGAAAAAAGCUGAAGUUGUAGCUGUAUCAGCAGAGCCUCCAGACAGUUAUGAGCCGACAGCACAAAGCCUUACCCAAGAGAAGCAGGAAGCACAAGAAACGAUUUCGGAAAUUCCACCUGGCACAAAGUCUCCAGAAAUGGAGGAAUCAGCCCCAGAAGCGGAAGUUGAAGUUGAAAACAAAGACAAGGACUUGGCCCAAGAGAGAGAAAUGGAAGAGGCUCAAAAGUUUGAGGAUGAAGGAGCAGCAACUCAGGAUGAGGAUGAGGAUGAAGAAGAGGAGGAAGAAGAGGCCCCAGCUGCUGUAAAGAAAACAGAAGAGGAGGAGGAAGAAGAUAUGGGAAUAGGUGAAGAGGAAGAUGAAGCAAAAUGGAAGGACGAUGGGCUUGACAGGAAACAUGAGUUAGAAGAAAUGGAGAAAUCUGAAAAUCUCUUAGCUAAAGUUGUGACAAAAGAGGAUCAACAAAUGAUUCCAUCCGAGGAGGAUGACAAUGAGGUGGUGGAGAAAGCCGAACUGGAGGAGGUAGAAGAUUUAGAUGUAAUAGCAGAUGAAGAGAUCAAACCUGAAGAUGUAGCUGAAGAAGAAAUGCUCACUGAAAGAAAAACUGCUGAAAUUCUGACUGCAGCUGAAGAAGAAGAGGAAGAGGAAGAAGAGGAGGGCUACCUGUCACAUGUUGGAGGGGCCACGGCUCCCAUAACCUCAGUAGUUCAAGGAGCCGCUGCAGCCGAACCCAUCUCCUACAUCCAAGACGAGACCAUCCCCGGCUACUCUGAGACGGAACAGACCAUAUCUGACGAGGAGAUUCACGAGGAGGCAGAGGAGAGGAUACCACACCUUCAGUACGACGUCGGGGCCUAUGACGUCUCUGUUCCAGAUCAGACCGAAUCAUUUGUAAACGUUCACGGCAUGAUGGAGAUGCAAGCUAUGAACGAGAAAGGUUUCAUCCCAGGCGUGCAGGAGCCGGUAUCAGUGUUCACCAACAUCAUUACCGCUCCUCUGGCAGAAGAGGAGCAUGUGUCCUCUGCAACAUCCAUCACAGAGUAUGAUAAAGUUUCCUCCUUCCCUACUUCUAUCGCUGAAGACCAAUCGGUGACGUCCGUCACAGCACCUCCAGCUGAGGAACCACCCAAAAGCCACGUUACCCUGUCCACCCCACCUGACGCCACCCUAGGCAAAGAGCAGCCACUCUCUGCAGGAACUCUUUCACCACCUUCUUUGGAAGAAGACAAACAAUCCAAGUCUCCGUCUGAUGACUUACAGCUUCCUGUUGCAGAAGUCAAGACGCCGGCCAAAGCUCAUGAAGCUGGUGAGGAAGAGGAGGAAGAAGAAGAGGAGGAAGACGACCAAACUCCUAAUGUUGACAUUUCACUUGAAAAACUUCAAGAGGGCUAUGCUUCAUCCCAUUUAUUACAGGAUGAAGAGACAGAUAUCAAAAAGCUUGCUGGCUCAGUGUCUCCGGUUUCUAUUCAAGCCACCAAACCAGUCCACCUACCAGUUGAAGAAGAAAAUAAAGAUGCUGUUGCACCUAAAGAUAUUUCAUCUGUUGUGCCUACUAGACCUUUUGGAUCAGACUCAGUAACUUCAGAGAGCGAAGAGCGCUGCUUCAGUCCGGAUGAUAUCACUGUGAAAAUGGCCUCCCCUCCACAGUCUGGACCACCGAGUGCAGCUCACUCUCCUCUUCGUCAGUCACCAGUGGAAGACAAGAUGAAGGUCUUCCCUGAUAUGGAACUGGAAAAGCCAGAGGAGCUCCUCGAUGUCGUCACAGCAACUGAAGACAACACUGAAAAGAAAGACGAAGCAAAAAUAGAAACACAAAAAGAUGCCGACAAACAGAAAGCAGAUCAGCAUGAAGUAGAAGUUUCAACAUCUUUGGAUGAAUCAUUUGAGAAGGACAUAAAAGAGGUUCCAGUCAUAAAGGAGUCCGAAAAAGACACUUCAUCAGUGCCAAAAGAUGAUGGCAAACAGGCAGAAACGAUACCUGCUGUUGCUGCGUCUUCAACUGAAGUUCAUCCACCUGUGUCAGUGAGGGAUUCCCUCAUCUCAUCUGGACAAAGUGAUGAAGAGGUUGACGACAAGCUCAAAGAGAAAGAUCCUAAACUGCCUGCUCCAGUUAAAACUGUCAAGGCGGAACAGGAAAAAGUAAAGGACGACACCUCUAAUGUCAUACAAAUCAAGGAUGACCAAAAACAGAAAUCCGUCAUCCAGGAAGACGUUUCUGCCAUUAUGUCCAUCACGGAUGAGAAAACAGCAGUAAAGGAUGAUACCUCUGAAAUAAAACCCAUCACAGAAGAGCAAAUUGCAAAGGACGUUGACACUGUUGAUAUAGCCAUUAAAGAUGAACCUGAAAAAGACCACACUCCUCAAGUAAAAACUAAAGAAGCAGAGAUUGAAAUUGUUGCUUCUGAGGUCAAACAAAUCAAAGAUGAGCAGAAGCAGAAAGAUGAUUUUGACCUAAAAACCAAAAGUGAGGUGAAGGAAACUGAGGUUAAAAAGGAUGAUGUGUCUGAUGGUGAGAUUUUGAAAGAGGAGGAAAAGAAACAGACAGAUAAGGGUGAUAUUUUUGAUAUUAGCUCUAUAAAGACUGAAGAAAAAGAGAUUGAAAAGGUCCACGCCACAGAUAUCAAGCAUGUUACAGACGAGAUGGAGAAAGAGGCAAAGGAUGAUUUGCCCAUUAGUGAGCCUGCUAAAGAUGAGAAGAAAAAGGAGACAGAAACAUUUGAUAUCAAAGUGAUCGAGGAUAAGAAAGAGGAAAAAGAGAUGGAAAAGAUAGAUGAUUUUGCUACCAAGCCCUUUACAGAUGAGCAGAGGGAAAAGGAGAAAGACAUUGGUCACAUCACUGUUGCUAAACUCACCAAAGAAGAAAUGAUUAGCAAGGGUGAUACAUCUGCUGUUACCAUGAAAGAAGAAAAGGGGCAAGAGAUUUGUAAAGAUAUUAUCUCACCCAUCAGCCUCACCACAGUGGUGGAAAAGGAUGCAACAGUGAGUAAAGAUGAAAGUCCUGCUGCCAAGCAAACCACAGAGACAGAGAAAGAGAUAAGUACAGAUGAUAGUUCUGACACCAAACUUUCCAAGGAGCAGGACAAAGAUAUGACAACAAGCAAAGAUGAUGCUCACAUCUUCAUACCUACUAUAGAAGAUGAUACUGCUGCUAUACAACUUACCAAGGCAGAGGAAAAGGAUGCAACAGUGAGUAAAGAUGAAAGUCCUGCUGCCAAGCAAAUCACAGAGAAAGAGAAAGAGAUAAGUACAGAUGAUAGUUCUGACACCAAACUUUCCAAGGAGCAGGACAAAGAUAUGACAACAAGCAAAGAUGAUGCUCACAUCUUCAUACCUACUGUAGAAGAAGAACUUACCAAGGCAGAGGAAAAGGAUAAACUGCCAAGUGGGGAAGACACUUCUACUGUUAAACCAACACUUGGAGAAGAAAAAGAAGAAGAGGAAAGUAAAGAUGAUACUGCUGCCAUAAAAUGUACUAAGGUGGAGGAAGAGCACGUUAAAGUAUGUAAAGAUGACGAUUUCUAUGCCGCAUCAACCAAGGUAGAAGCAAAAGAAACAUUUAAGGAAGCUGUCAAACCGGUCAUGGAGGACGAAAAGGGGCAAGAAACAAAGAAAGAUAAAGAUGUCACUUCUCCUGUCCAACCCGCCAAGAUGGAGGAAGAGGAUGUAAUGAUGAGCGAAGAUAUUUCUGCUGUCCAAACAUCCAAGGACGGAUUUGUUGCUAAACCCACCACGCAAGUUCCACCACUUCCAAGUGGGGAAGAUACUUCUACUGUUAAACCAACACUUGGAGAAGAAAAAGAAGAAGAGGAAAGUAAAGAUGAUACUUCUGCCAUAAAAUGUACCAAGGUGGAGGAAGAGCAUGUUAAAGUUUGUAAAGAUGAUGAUUUCUAUGCCGCAUCAACCAAGGUAAAAGCAAAAGAAACAUUUAAGGAAGCCAUCAAACCGGUCAUGGAGGACAAAAAGGAACAAGAAACAAAGAAAGAUAAAGAUGUCACUUCUCCUGUCCAACCCACCAAGAUGGAGGAAGAGGAUGUAACGAUGAUCGAAGAUAUUUCUGCUGUCCAAACAUCCAAGGACGGAUUUGUUGCUAAACCCACCGCACAAGUUCCACCACUUCCAAGUGGGGAAGAUACUUCUACUGUUAAACCAACACUUGGAGAAGAAAAAGAAGAAGAGGAAAGUAAAGAUGAUACUGCUGCCAUAAAAUGUACUAAGGUGGAGGAAGAGCACGUUAAAGUAUGUAAAGAUGACGAUUUCUACGCUGCAUCAACCAAGGUAGAAGCAAAAGAAACAUUUAAGGAAGCCAUCAAACCGGUCAUGGAGGACGAAAAGGGGCAAGAAACAAAUAAAGAUAAAGAUGUCACUUCUCCUGUCCAACCCGCCAAGAUGGAGGAAGAGGAUGUAAUAAUGAGUGAAGAUAUUUCUGCUGUCCAAACAUCCAAGGACGGAUUUGUUGCUAAACCCACCGCACAAGAUGAAAAGGAGAAAGAAAUCAGUGAAGAUAUUUGUGCUGUCAAAUCAACGAUAGAAGAAGAAACUGAGAAAGCAGUUGAUAAGGAGGAAACUUUCACUGAAGAAGUGUCAAUUCAAGAUCAUAGUGUUGCUAUCAAACCUAUCAAGGAAGAAAAAGAUACAGUAAUACUUAAGGAUGACAUGUCUGGUAUCAAACCUACCGAGGAGGAAAGCAAAGGCGCUGCUGGUGUAAAAACCCCUGCAGAUGAGGAAACGAAGGUAGAGUCGAAAGAUGUUACAUCUGAUGUAAAAUUCAAAGAGGAGGCAAAAGAAAUCCCAAAAUAUGACUUUUGUGAUAAAGAAAUGAAAGUAAAAGAGGAAGAAAUGGAAAAAGAGAAAGAAAAGAGUUCUGAUGUUGUAUCCAGCAAAGAGCAGAUGGAUGAUACUUCUGUCAAAACCAUGACGGAUGACAAAGAGGUGGAAAUAGGUGACAGUUCUGAGGAGAAGUCUGAUAUCUCUGAUCACAAACCAAUUCUGGAGGAAAUAAAGAGUAAAGAAACUGAAAAAGAUAUAACAAUAAAGGAGAAAGAAACAGACGCCAGUGUUGAGCAGCCCAAGAAAGAGGAAGAGUCAUCUAAAGUUGAAACCAUCGAGGUCGAAGUUAAACAGGGCAGUCGUGAAGCUGAAUCCAUUAAACAGGAGACAGAGAAGGAGAUGUACACUCCAACAUUCAGUGCCAAAGAUGAGAAAAAAGGGAAAGAUGAUUAUCCUUUUGAGUCUGAAUCUAAGAAGGAUGAUAUAAAAGAUGUAGAUCUUCCCGUGUCUCAGACCUUGGAAGAGGAGAAAACUAAAAAGGAAGAUAUUUGUGGCGUAAGUGACAAGCAUAUACAGGAAGAAACCUCUGAUAAGCUUACUGGAACUCAGAAAGAGAAGGAAACGUUUGGCGCUACAUCAACAGAAAUGCAGCAAGAUACUUCUGUAACCACAUCAAGUGAAGACCUCAAACCACUGAAAGAUGACAUUUUUGUUUCACCCAGCCACAUCCAGGAGGAGAAAAAAGAGCAAGACAAAGAUGCAACGGUUGUUAGUCAAGACGAAAAGAUGGAUAAAGAAAAAGACGACACACAUGUUGCUGAACUGAGCAAAGAACAGAAAAUGGAAAAGGAACAAGAAAAAGAAUACACCUAUGAGACUGAUGACACAAAAGAUGAAAAGACAAGACCAGAAGAGGAUGAAAAGAUGAUUCCAAAAAAGGAUGUUGCUGACAAGAAGACAGAUGAGAUAACUGAGAAAGAGUCCUCUGAUGCAGACCAAACCAAGGAGGAGAAAUGGGAGCGAGAGGAGUUGCAAGAGAAAGACCUGGACAAAGCAAUUAAACAACCUGCACAGACAGUAUUAGGAGAUGCAGCAACGGCAUCCGAGUCCGAUUACAAACCUGCAUUUGUGGUUCAGUCCUCCGAUGAAGACAGGGAAGAUGAAGAUGAGGAGGACAUAUGUAUGGGAGGAGCAGGCUCCAGACCUUUGUCAGUGAAGCCGAGCGACUCAGAACAUGAAAUCUCGCCUGCAGGUCUGGCCUCAUCCCAAAAACCACAGACAAGUGACAAAACUAAACUCCCUAUUUCAGAGCAGACAACAGUGAUCAUACCGAUACUUACAAUGCAGGAGCCCUCUAUUGAUGAAGACAUCAAAGAGUUUAGCAAAGAAGAAUCCAUGCUUUCACCUGAAAUGGGCAAAGAUGUUGUGAAAACAGAAACUACAGCUGCACCACUUGCUAAGCCGGAGCCCUCCUUUGAAAUUGUCACACCAAAGGAGGAGACAACCUCUAUUCCCAAACAAGAAAUGGCUUCUGAUGUCCCAGCAGCUAAAGCAGAACCAAUGUCAGACUCAACUGAGAAAAAGCCUGUGUUGUCAACAGUAUCAAGCACUGACAGUCAACCCAGGAGCUCUACGCUCUCGAGCACUGAGAGCCAGUCCAGUGUUGAGGAAACACCACAACAAGAGAAACAAAUACCGUCCCAGACAAGCUCAGGAGUCAGUGCUACAGAAAAGACAAAGCUGCAUGAGAAACCAGAAAAGGAAGCAGAGAGGGAGAUGGAAGGAGAGCGAGAGGUGGCUUCUCCAGGAUUGCCACAGCCUUGUUCGUAUUUUAUGUUGGAUUCCGAGGACGUCAGCCACGUUGAAGUUGUAAAAUCAGACGCUGCAAAAAUGACCUUGGAAAAGGAAAGCCUCACAGACGAAGAACAAACCUUUUGCGCGUCCAAGUACGACCCGUAUGAAAAGCCUAUUCCAAAGGACUCGGACUUGGACUCCAGAGAAGAAAGUGAGGUUUCUUUAGGUUUUGAUCACGCCUCUGAUAUGGGUAUUGAUGAUAACAGAAGAACAAGCCAGUCAGAGGCUGGAGGAGCCAUGUUCCUCCUGGAUGAUCAGUACAAAGAAGAGCCUCUGUCCUUUAGUAGAGUUGACUACAGCCCGGUUUCCCUCACAGAGAGUGAAAGAAGCAGCCACCACAGUCAAAACAUUCAAGAUAACAAAAUGUCCCAGGCUGCUGAGUCUUAUUCUUUCAGUCCCAAAGAGGAUAAACCUGAGAAAUCAGAGAAAGAGAAAGAGGAUAUGAAGAAAGGUGCCGCAGCAGCAGCAGCUUUUCAAACAGGGGCUACAGGAGAAAGUGACACGGUUUCUGCCAGUGCUAUUCAAUCAGCAGGCGUAUCAUUAAGACAAAAAACACCCUCUCCGUCAUGUAGCCAAUCGGAUCUUGUUACACACGUUUCAUCUGCUCCCGUAGCUUUUGGAGAAUUCACAGAAAAGAGAACAACAGAAAAAGAGAAAGAAAAAUCUGCUGAGUCACUCGAAGACAAAAUUGAGUCCUCUGCUCAUGAAAGAGAGGGAUCUCCAUCUGGUCGGCAUUCACCUGCAGAAAAAGACAUUUUACCUCAACAAGCGUCUCCUUUAGAGAAAGUAGAAACUUCAAAUGAUUCAAGGACUGCAUCUGCUGCCACAUUUUCAGGACAUGAAAUAGACGAUAAUGUUUUGGCAUCUGACAAUAGUCAAAUUAGCAGCUCUGCCUCUUGUAAAUCAAUGUUAGACUUUCCUGAUGGAAAAGAGAGCCUAAUAGAUAAAAGGUUACUUGUAGAAGGGGAAGAUUUCAAUGUUGAUGAUGACGAUGAAGAUGAAGAUGAGGAGGACGAGGGAGAAGAGGAGGAACUAAGUGAUGUAGAUGUGGAAAAGGGUGCCAGAGAACAGUCUGAAAAAGAAAUGUGCAGACGUAGCUCUAGUGAUAGUGCUACGUUAGAACAGGUAGAGGACUCAAAUAAAAAGUCUCAGCUGCCUGAAUCAAGCUUCCUCAAAAAGGAAACCGUCUGUAAACCAGCACCUGAUGAUGCCUCAACUUCAGACAAGCAGGACGUGAGUCAAAAACCACCAUCUCCUCAAACAAAACCAGUCAAAGAAGAUGAUACAGCCACAUCCAAACUUCCGGAGACAAGGAGUGAAGAUGUAGGUAAAAUAACUCUGUCACCAGAACCAAGUGCUCACAGAAUGGAUGAAAGCGGUUUCGCUACAUCAGAUGCUCCAAAACUUCCUGAAACAAAGAAAGCAGAGUACACAGAUGAAAAACAUUUGUCUCCUGAACCAACCACAAAGAGAAGGUUGUCAUCAGCAGAGGAUUUCACCUUGUAUGAAGUGCCACAGUCAGAAAAAGGAGAUGACGACAAAGUGUCUCUAUCACCACGCUUUUUGGAAAAGGAAACUUCUCAACCAACAUCCACAAGCAGCUUGUCAGGCAGCUUUUUGCCAACUGACUGUUCAGAGUCCAUAUCCAAGACUACAUUUAGUCCUUCCCCUCCUCUAAGAAGUAGCUAUGCCGACAUUGGACAGAAUAGAUCUGGAGGUUAUUCUGAGCAUUAUUACAGUGAGGAGAGUCAAGUAGAAUUGAAGGAAGAUAAAAAAGAAACCUUGGUGCUCUCAGAUGCCUCCCAGCUAUCCAAGCUAAGCGAUGAUAAAUAUUACAGCCAAAGCGACUUUCGAGAAGAAAGUCUAGAUGAGCGGCAGACCCUAGAUAUCACUACAAAACAUGAGGAAACUGCCUCAUCACCUUGCACAUACACCACCUUAACAUACUCUACUUCAACAUACUCCUCCACGUCGUACAGUUACUCGUCCUUACCCUCAACUUCUGCCCCUUUGAGCCAACAGUUUGAAGACAAAGUUAAAACUUUUACAACGAUAUCAAGCUCUGCAGUACCUCUAGCCAAAGAAGAGCCUUCGUUCACGACAGAGCCUAAAAGCUCCUGCUUCGGAGGGUUUCAGAGAGAUGAGUACAUGGAGGUGACGACGAAACCUGCAACAAAAGUGUCUUUACCCAGCCAGUUUGAUGAGACCAAACAAUCAACUCCAGUCUUGUCUACCACUGCCAAACAGACUGAGGUUCAAAGCAGUUCUGCAAAGCCUGAAACAAAAUCAAGCACUGAUAGUUUUUAUAUGCUAGAAACUAAGAUUACAACCUCUGCAGCACAAAGUAUCGAAGCAGUAAGGGUGUCAGACAGCUUAUCCACAUCAGAGGCUCGCUUUGAUGUUUCUCCCCUCCAAAGGGCUGACUCCUCUGACAAGGUUUCCCAGGAGUCAUCAGGAGAUGAGGAGCCUGUUACACUUGAAAUGGAGGACAGCACCCUACCAUGCCGUAUUGAAUGUCAAAAAAUCAAAGUGGCUGAGCAAAAGGAAAGUUCUUCAUCGAUAACUGCGUCAUAUGUGGUAGAAAGUACCACACAGUCCACAGAGACGAAGACCAUCACCAUCGCCUCUACUACUGGUGUGUCUAAACCUGACAUGGUGAUGGAAACAACUCAACAGGCAACCUCACUUACUUCCCUGAGUGAUAGUGGAGCUAGCAAAACCACAUGUGCCACAACAGACAUGUCCAAAACAGAGGAGGAGAAAGAGAAAAAAGGGAAAACACCAGAGGUAAAAGAGGAAAAGACGAACGUAGCGAUUGCACCAUUGAAGGAAGAUGCAAAGGUGUCAAGUAAAGAUGACAAGACAGAGACUGCUAGUCAAGUCAAGCAGAAAAUAGAGGAAAAGAAACUUGAGGAAAAGGAGUGUAAAGACAGCACAGACGAAAAGAAGGCAACAGCUGAACCAAAGAUAUGUGAAAAAGCAGACGAUGGUAGAAAAGGAGAGGCAGAAAGAGUAGAGGAGAAAACCUUGUUGGAGAAGCCACCAGAGAGAUUAGAGGUUAGGAGAAGGAGCAGUAUAUCCGAUUGGGAGCUUCUACAGAGGCCUGAAGACUGCCCAAGUGCCCCUCCUCCAGGUUAUGGUGAUGAUGAUGAUGAGGAAGAGGAUGAGGAAGCAAUGGAAGCGAUGGAAUGGAUGACCAGUGUCCACAGUACCUCUAUGACCUCCUCAAUAGAUAUCUAUCACACAGAAACAGCUAGCAAAGAAGCAGUAAGGGCUGAUCGUCCCUCUGACUUGAACACCGGAGCCACCUCCUCCUCUGCCUCCCCUUCAGGCUACUCCUCCUGCGAAUACAAACAUCGCAAAGGAGAGCUUUCUCCAUCGUUCAUCAACCCGAGCCCUCAUCCGCUCUCCAGUGACGAGGGCGAGGGCAAAGAGGACAACCGCAGCGACCACUCCCAGGACGGGGACGAGGGCGAUCAGGAGCAACACUCUGUGAAAAGGAGGUCGCACAAGCAGAGGCACCACCACACUCCGAGUUACCAUGGAGACCCUGGACACGGGCCACAACAGCUGCCCGGCGCCAUGUCCUCUGGUUUGGCUGUGACGUUAGCUGGAGAGGAAACACCUCCGACAUCAGUGAGCGAGUCGCUGCCUUCGCAGUCCGAUUCCGACGUCCCUCCAGAAACCGAAGAGUGUCCAUCCAUAACAGCUGAAGGAAAUCUGGACUCAGACGAAGACGCUGAACACCUGCCGGUGGACAAAUUAUCUGGAGCUGGGGGUGGUCACCAUCCUCCAUCACCAAGGUCCGCUCAGAAGACUCGACCCCCACCCACCCCGAUGAAGGACCCUCAUCCCCACCCUCCCCAUCCAGAUGUGUGCAUGGUAGAUCCAGAGGCUCUUCUCAAUGACCACAGCAGCACAGAGAAACUUCUUAAAAAGGAGCACAAGACCACCAAGGGCCUCCGAAAGGGCAAACCCAAGUCGGCCUCUCCCGCACGUAAGGGGGAAGUCAGGAAGAGGUCCUCUACUCCAGUGAAGCAGACCUCCAAGGACUCCGCCUCACCUCGAUCAGCCUCCCUUAGGAGGAAGGACACAGACAGAAGCUCCAGACUGAUCAAAAUGUCUGAGACCCAAGGCUCCAGGAGCGAGAUCCUCAACCCGGGGAAAGGCUUGGUCAAUGGUGUCAAGAGCAGUUCAGGUAACAACUCUCAGAAAACUAGCUUGGCCGUCCCCCCUGGACCACCCGUCUACGUCGACCUGGCCUAUGUGCCCAACCACUGCAGUGCCAAGAACGUGGACCAGGAAUUCUUCAAGAGAGUGCGAGCUGCGUACUACGUGGUGAGCGGGAACGAUCCGGGCAGCGGAGAGCCCAGCCGUGGAGCCCUGGACGCCCUGCUGGAGGGCAAAGCUCAGUGGGGCUCCAAUUUACAGGUGACUCUGAUCCCAACCCAUGACACAGAGGUGACCCGGGACUGGUACCAGCAGACCCACGAGAGGCAGCAGGACCUGAACAUCAUGGUUCUGGCCUCCAGCAGCACCGUAGUCAUGCAGGACGAAUCCUUCCCUGCCUGCAAGAUCGAGUUCUGAGCUUGACGAGGCUAGCUUGGCUUCCCCCCCACCCCACCCCCCACGUCAUCUGUUCUCAAUGGAGGCAGAGUGAGAGUGAACAGCACGCUCUGCUUCUUGAAAGCUUCUCGCUCUCAUGGUACCAGUCUCAAACGCAUUUGCUGCAGCCCUCAAUACACUAGAUUAUUUUAACUGAAAUCAAAGUCUAAACUCUGGGUUUAUGCUCUCUGUGGCCGUGGGGUCUGUCCUAACAUACCUCGUAUACAAGUACUCAAAAACAUAUUUAAUAGCAUAAUCACGCUUUCUUUGCCCCAUACAUCUAACUAGACAAAUGGACAUAAUUAUCCCAAAAAUGCAUAAUGCUACAGUUAAACUAUAGAUUAGUAAGGUGUAGUUCGUAAACUGUUUGGCACAAAUCACAAUUAACUCGGAAAUGUAAUACUCCCAAGUGGUAAUUUCUCCUCCAAAAGGCCAAAACAAGUGCCAAACACUGUUAAAACAGAAGUUAUUAGUUAACUUCUCCAAAAUGUCUCCUAAAUUCAUCAGUGAUCAAUAAUUUGUUGAGAUUGUAUGCAGUGUUUUUUAGAAGAGUAGACAUUUAUCGGUUUAUUUGCCAUCGGUGCUCAUCCUUUGCAGUUCUGAUCACGCUACAGUAGCUUUCGGAUUAACUCAAUAAUGACAUAAAUUGAUGUUAUGUAAAAGACAUAAAAAAAUAAAUAAAAAAUACGUCAUUUGUGGUGAAGUUUUAGGAGGUGCCUGAAGUUGCCACCGUGUGAAAUCUUUCUUCUUGGCUUUCACAGCUUAGCUGGUGCAUGAUGCUUGUGUUUUAGCUGGGACUCUUUGAGAACUACAUAGGGUUAAUCCUUUCUUUAGCCACCCUUGAAGUGUGGAAUGCAGUAUAGUGUAGCUAGGUUACUACACUAUUUGGCUGUCUAUGCUCAAGUGAAUUCAAUAGGCGCCAGGCAAAUGGACAGUGUUUGUACACCAAUCCUAUCUCUGCUGGAUGUAAUGGUUCCUCUUUAAGUCUUUAUCAUGCUCUUUGUUGGUUGUAUGUACUCCAGUAUACAUAUAGGGUAACUGUUUCUAUAUCAAUACAGAGGUUAUGUUCGAUAAAUUAUAUAUUUUGUGAUGAUGCAGCAACUUAUGAGGCGAAUGCAGCGUUUUUGAUGAUGCAUUCGAGAAGGUUUAAUUAAGAUUAUCUGUCAUUUCCUCCUGUUCAGCUACAUUUUACCAUCUCUGUCAAUAUCACAAAGCAAUCGAAAUAAAGAAAGAAAAAAAAAAGAAAAGCAGUGACUUGUGAAAAAUGUAGCAAUGGAAGCUGGUCCGCUAGUCCCUUCAGAGAGUGUUACGCCAGUGGGAACUGCAAUAUUAAUAUUUAUUAUUAGGGUUAUUUUUCAGGAGAAAAAGUGUGAAGUGUGUAACAGGAGGUUUCAUUCAUGUGCCUUUAGCUUGUGGUUUUGGAGAGAGGGGGGGUAUAUUAAGGACAUGUCAGCCAUUUUUAAGCAGAUCCAGAAACCAGGGUAGAUAGUAAACUUUGAAAUAGAAGACCAAUCAGUUCAUACAGUACACAAACAAACCCUAUCCACACUGAAAUAGUACACUGGAUACUACUUUGGAGCUAUGUAAUCCAAUUCAGCAUUAACCCCACAUUCUAAAAUGCCACUUUCAAACAAAUAUGAAUGUCUUUGAGCAAAAUAUUGCACUAAAUAGGAGUGCCCCUUUCUGAGAGUUUAGAAGUUGGAUUUUUGUUUGCAGUUGAAGCACAGAGAGUGAGUGUGGUCGCAUCGUAUUAUAACAUAAUGUACAAGACGUUCCUCCAAACUGAGCUUCCUGUUAAGCAAGGGACAUCUUAAUUAUGAAGCAACUACCUAAUAUGAAUCCCAGAGUAAUAUUUAUAGAAUGCGCAUGAAUGAUUAUGAUUGUACUGAUAUAAAGUAGGAAUGUCUUGUGUGUGUGAGCAUACGAUACACACUGGGUUGCUGUUUUAUAACACAGCAUGGUUCGUUUCUGACGGUGACGUGGCAAGGGACUUUUCUGUGGGUUCAGUAUAAAAAGUCUUUCUGAUCGAUCACAGCCAGAUUGGAGAGUCAAUCAUACGCUCACAUUAAAUUUACAUGUGGCCAAGUUUUAUAUCUUAAUUUCUUAAUUCUGGUUUCAUUUUCUCCAAAUUUGUGCUGAGAAGCAAACUUUUUAAUACAUUUCUUUGCCCUAAUAAGAAUUACAUUUCUGCCGAGAUGGCUCACCGCACGAUUGUUAUUUUUGUUUUGUAAGGACUGAUAUGAAACUAGGGGACGAGUCAGGCUGGGCGAUGGAGGAGGGGAGGCCUGGAUUUCUGUUGAUGACAGAUUGAUUGUUAGGAUGUUGCAGACCUAAAGCAGGGAGGAUGCUCUGCUUGCACAGUUUAAAAUUUACUCCAUUCUUUCUCCCAAUCUGAUUCAGAAAAUGGAGCAAACGCAACAGAAAGCUAGAGUGCGUUGUCCGAGGGCGCUAGCCUGGCACCAGUGCCAUUUUCUUUCCCUGUAAAACUCACACUACCUUAUACCUCACCUUCCAAAGCCACCUCCGUGCUCUUUGCUCCGCCUGGCCUCCCUUAAAAUUAUAGAUGUCCAUUAUGCACUGUGUAAGCCUUGAUAUGCAUCUUGUGUGUGUGAUGAUUCAGAGGCAGACAGUUUUUUUUUUGUCAUCCCACUGGGGAGAAUCUGAGUUGGAUGCAGGUUGUGUAUUAAACAGCUGGGCACGCACAAAUAUACACCAUAGUCUUGAAGAAGUUGAUUAACUGAAGGGCACAUUAAGACGUGCACACUGAGGGGACAGAGAAGGCUCAAAAGGACUCCCUUGAAAACAAGCAAAAGGUCAUUUUUAGCCCCUCUUCGAUGCUCUAUGGAAAUGUGUCCAAAUAGCCAGGAAGAAGCUUUUUAAAGUGAUGGUUCGGAGUAAUUUACCCUAGG